AUGAGAUGUAACACUAUAUAUGAGACCGUUGAGCGGAAGAUUGGAAGCGUCUUUGCGAAAUAUGGCCGUUUUGUUUCCCAUCAUGCCUGGAAAAUUAUUGUUGCCACGAUCAUUAUCAAUGGAGCGCUUGGUAUUGGAAUGAUGAGACUUCAAUCUAACACAGACGCUGAAAACCUAUAUCUACCGCAAGGAACUCAAGCACGCAAGGACAAAGAUAGAGUGGAGAGUAUUUUCCCAGAUCUCAGUGGCUCAAACUAUAAUUCCUUGCACGUGACUGUACCCAGACAAUAUUUUGCGGGGAUAAUUGUAAAAUCAAAAACUGGUAACCUUCUGGACAGACCAGUACUGGAGGAAAUAAAAGCAUUGUCGGAACUUAUUCAAAAUAUCGUGACCACGGAUGGUGAUGGUUCAACAAUAAAUAAUUUCAACUCAACAACAAAAGGAACGCAGAAUUAUGCUCGUGAUGUAGGAGGAAGUUUAAGUUUUGACGGCACAGGUCAGUACCUGACGAAAGUAAUCUACUUAACGAUUGUGUUCAACAUACGCACGGAUGGUGACCUGUAUAAGAAGAAGGCAGAUAAAUGGGUGGAUGCAUUCAGAGUGAGACUAGAAUCGUUCUCCAGCAGUAAUAUAGACAUAGCAUAUGGUCACCUUAAUUCAUUAGAUGAGGAAAUUGACAAGAAUGUAUCCGGGGACAUAGCAUUAUUUGCUGCUACCAUUUCUUUGAUGAUCACAUACGCAUGUAUAGCAUGCCUUUCUGCCAGAUUUACAGAUCAGGUUGGUCAGAGAAUGUGGCUUGGAUUUGCUGGAAUCCUUGCAGCUGGAUUUGCUAUUGUCUCGAGUUUUGGAUUAUGUGCAGCAAUCGGGGUUGAGUUUGUCAGCAUUGUUGGUGUUGUACCAUUUCUCGUCAUAG